GUCUGUUCUCCUUUACAGACCCUUACCCAAUUUCAAUUUACUUCGCUUGUUUUUGAUGGGCUAGCUAGCUAUUUGGAGUUGCCUAAAAGGAAACAGUAUUCACUCUGCACCACACAUUUGAGAAGGGAUGCCUUUAGCACCCGAAAUUCAACAAUUCAUAAACGGCUUCAAAGACCGGUGGGACGGGUCAGUGAACACUGCUUCUCAGGACUUUUUUGAAGCCCAACAUUUAUCCGUUGGCCCACUGAACCCAGGUCAUUCAAUUAAGUAUGAGAAGAAUGUAAAGUAUGGCCCAGAUCCAAGGCAUCGCUUGGAUGUAUUCUGGCCAGCAGAUGCUACCUCAACAAGCGCGGCUCUGCCUGUUGUCGUCUACUUUCAUGGCGGUGCAUUUAAACUGGGCGACAAUUCUAUUACUCCGCACAUGCACGCAAAUAUCGGUCGAUUUUUCGCAUCCCACGGUAUGAUCGGCGUCUUGGGAACUUACCGGCUACUGCCAGAAGCUCGGUUCCCAGACGGGCAGGACGAUGUCGCCUCUGCUCUCUCGUGGCUGCAUGACAAAGUGCAUCAGUAUGGAGGCAACCGAAAAGCCAUCUUCGCGCUUGGCCAAAGUGCAGGUGGAGGCCACCUCGCCAUGGCACUUUUCUCGGGAAACCUAAAGUCGGACCAAGGACAGAGUCUGGUGCGCGGCGUCCUGCUUCUCAGCGCGGCGUUGAAGUAUGACCUAUCUAAGAAGGGUCGACGCGAGAGCAUGGAACAGUAUUAUGGAACGACGGACCAUAGUUUUAUUCAAUCCCGAUCGGCGUACGGUAUGUUCCAGGAUUUGCCGCCCGUUGAAGAUGCGAAUGUGGCUUCCGUGCCGACACCCGAGCUGUUUUUGAUGCUGGCGGAGUGGGAUUUCGAGGAGUGCGUACAAGGAAACUUGGACUUUGCAAGGCUGUAUGCUGAGCGUCGCCGUCGUCUCCCUCGGUUUGAGGUGUUGCCUGGUCAUAAUCAUGUUAGCUAUGCAUUGUCUAUCGGCUUGCCAGGAGACGAGGUUGGACCGAAGAUUGCGGAUUGGUGCAUGCGAUAA